ACGUCGCUGUGCUCGGACAGUAGUUGUUAUAUUGCCCAGAGGAACAGACAGGUUCAGGACCGUCGGUGCUCCGUUUAAACAGCGAUUUAACAUUUUAAAACAACAUUUUAUGAGCAGCUAACUGAAGGAACCGACGGCUGGAGUGUUUAGGAUUAACUGGACAAACCGGGGAAAGAGGACUUUAGUGGUUUUGGCCGCUGCCAGCGGUUUUUACUCCAGCGGACAGAGAGGUUUCCUCCUUCAGGGCUUUGAAGAAGUACCUUCAUCCGGUACUCAGAACAGUGUGUGUUUGCGUCCUGAGGGGGUGGAGCCAGGUUUCCUGUCGGGAAGGAGUCGCCGUGAAUGUCUGAGAGAUGUAAAGCUGAAGGAUCAGCGGAGCUGUCAUUCAAACCAGGACCACGCCCCCGCCGCCAGCAGCCAAUCAGCACGCAGUCUGGAGGACCAUCAUGCACCUGAAGUCGUAUCCGAAGCUUGUGCGCUCAGAGUUGCGUUUGGAAGUGGUCGGUGUUCAGACGUUGUCCCAGCAGAGCAGCCAGCAGGGGGCGCUGCUGAGGACCUACAGCAGUAACCAUGGCAACAUCAGCAGCAGCCGCCUCCCGUUCGGCGUUAUCUCCACCAACACGCUGCACCGCAGCGACGCGACGAACCACGUCAGCAGCGGCGUGACGUCGCUCCGGCUGAAGGCGUCGCUCAGCGCCGCCCUGCAGCUGCUCCCCCCACCGCCGGGCUGCGAGAACGACACGCUCAGACUGUACCAGACCGCCGCAGAGGACGCCCCGCUGGACAUCUGGACCGUCAUCAAGCCUGGACACGUCCGCGAGAAGAUCGCCAUCUUCGCUUCAGACAGGGAGCGGACAGACGGGGACAGCAGACGCACCUCAACCAGCGGCUCCGGCAGCCGGGACAGGACGAACCACGCCGCCAUGUCGGGGCUGUUACGGGCCGUGAAGGCGAAGGGAAGCUGGGAGGAAAACAGCAGCGCCAAACGCCGCCGCAGGUCUGGAAACAACCAAAACGUCCAGCAGGACCAGAGGACCCGGGUCCUGGACACACAGCAACACGCCCACAAACCGUCUGCACAGCGCUCGGACUCGACUCCGCUGGCGGACAGCCGGCGGUGUGGAGGCGACGCAGUGACGGCGGCGGAGGAGGAGGAGCAGAAGGUGUCGGUGGGGGAGAUGGUGGCGUUCCUGGAGCAGAGAGCCAGUGAGCAGCAGCCAGACUCCAAACCUCUGCUCGCCCUCCAGAGGAGCUCCACCACCAUCACACUGUCCAGAGCUCCGCCCCCCGAGAUCAGGGAGGGGUCAGAGGUCAGGGGGGAGGAGCCAGAGAGCAUCAAGGUGUCAGACAUGGUGGCCAAGCUGGAGUCCGAGUGUCUGAAAAGGAGGACGGAGGGAGAUCUGUCGAGGAGCAACAGCCUGAGGAGGGCGGUGGGACGAGUCCUGCUCGCCGCGGGGGACCUGAGCUCCACCCCCGACCAGCCUUCAUCACCAUCAUCGAUGACAUCAUCGUCAUCUUCAUUGUCAUCACUGCCCGGAGAUCAGAGCGAGGGCAAGGAGCCAACCAGCUGCUCAGAACCACCCGCCUCAGCUCUGGCCACGCCCCUCUCCCCUGGCCUGGCCACGCCCCUCCCCCCCCCCUCAGGUGAGGCUGCGGUCGAGGCUCAGGAGGCCGGAGGCCUGGAGACGCAGAGGAGAGAAGCCCCGCCUCCUCGGAAGGAGGGGGCGGAGCCUCUGCCUGGCUUGUUGUUUUUGUCUCCUGCUGCCUCAGAGACACUCCCCCACACAGACUCAGAGCCCCGCCCCCCUCGCCACAGAAUGACCUUUGACCUGGAGCCUGCCCCCUCUCAGCCACGCCCCCCUCCCGCUCGUUCUGACUCUGGCAGCCAAUCGGAGAAGAGGAGGAGGAGGAGAAAGGCUGACAGAGCUCAGGAGGAGGUCGUCGGUGCGACUCCCCGCUCUGCCGUAGUGCCUCUGGGCCGGCGCGUGACGGUGUCGCAGGACUUCCUGGAGAUGCGUCAGCGGCUGCAGCAGCUGCUGGAGCCGCAGCCGUACCUGGCCGUGCUGCCGCAUCACCUGCUGGUGAAGAUCUUCCUGCUGCUGCCCACGCAGAGCCUCGCCGCGCUCAAGUGCACCUGCCACUACUUCAAGUUCAUCAUCGACAACUACGGCGUGCGGCCCGCCGACUCGCUCUGGGUGUCCGACCCCCGUUACCGCGACGACCCCUGCAAACAGUGCAAGAAGCGGUAUGGCCGCGGCGACGUGUCGCUGUGCCGCUGGCACCACAAGCCGUACUGCCAGGCGCUGCCGUAUGGCCCCGGAUACUGGAUGUGUUGCCACGGCGGCCGCAGGGACGCGCCUGGCUGCAACGUGGGUCUCCAUGACAACCGCUGGGUGCCGGCGUUCCACAGCAUCAACGUGCCGAUCUACAGGAGGAGCCGCGCCGACGACUGAGAGUGUGUGUGUGUGUGCAUACGUGUGUGUGUGUGUGUGUGUGCGUGAGAAACUGGUCGCUGACGCAAACAUCAGCUGCUCCCAUGAUGCAACAGUAGCUCAGAUUUACUUUAAAAACACUGUCAGUGUCCUUUAAAUAAACACGUGCAGCUCCGUUUCAGGAACAUCGAACAUGUUGUGUUUAAAGAAGAAGAAGAAGAAGAAGUGGAAAGGUAAACAACAACGCAUUCAGCUGGUUCCGUUUUUUAUCUGAAAGAUGUUGAAGGUGAAUCUGGACCUGUUGUUUCGUGCUGUCCCUCAGCAGUGUGGCGCCCCCUGCUGCUCCACCCGCCUCCUCGCAGCCUCCGUCACAGUAAAUGUGCUGCGUUGAUCUUUGGUUUACAGACAAACGGCUUCCUGUCGCUCGUUCGCGUGUCAUCGACGACCUCGUCACGUCAGCGGCUCGGUAGUGACGAGCGGCAGCUGGAGGCAGGAAGUGUCCCGGCCACGACUCUUCUUCUUCUUCUCUGUCAGAGUCUGCAGCUGCUUCACUGCUGCUCGGCAACGAGUCUGAGAUCAAACCUCCGGUCGCGGCUGAUGUUUCAGACCGGGUUUAACUAAAACCGGUUCCCGAUGAACGCCAGGGCUGAAAUCGCCACCGUACUUUCUCCGAUCGAUAUGAAGUAAAUCACAACACGUCGACAUGUUUGCAAAAUAACAUCCAAGUGAAUCGAACCGAACGCUUCACGAACAGCACGAGUUGUUUUAAAUUACAAUCAUUAAUCUGUAGAACGAUCCACGCGUUCACGUCCACAUUAAUAUGAAAUGACGGUGCAGCUCCAGUGUUUCCUGUCAGAUGAUCGCCGCUGCAACUGGCGUCCAAUAAAAACCUCACAGGACGCGUCUGAGCCGUUCAGUUAACCCUCGGCUGUCCUGCGGAGGAGACGAACGAAAGACGACACUUUUCUAGAACAAAAAUUCACACAAAGUCCGUCAACUGGCCGAGCGAGGAGACGGUUUAGAGCUGCGUCUGUUAACUACGUCGAUCAUGUGACGUGAACGGCCUCGUCAUCGAUCUCAGGCGGUUUGGGGUCGAGAUUUUCUCGCUGGUUUGCGUUGUCGACGACGACAGCAGAGGCUGCCGUUAGUUUGCCGAUCAUCGCCAACACGACGGUUAAUCGGUGAAUCGGAAACUUCAUCCGCAGAUUAAUUAACAGUGAAAACAAUCGUUCUCUGUUCACCUGCGAGGAGGCGGAGCUUCAGAGGGCGCCAUCUUUGGAGCAAAAAAUGAGUCCACAGUAGAUGAACUUUAUCUGCACCUUGUUUGUGUUUACAUUUGUACAUAAAUCAUAAAGAGUUUAUGAGCUCCGUCUGUUAAACAAGGAUUCUUUCACAGAGUUAUUUCCUGUUUUCCGGUCGUAAACGUGAACUUGUUUCUUCAAUCAGCCGCUGAGCGAUAAUCACCUUUGAUGAUUUUCUUGAAGGGAAAAGAGGAAACGUGGCCUUGAGUCUCGGAGUCGAUGCAAUAUUAGAAAGUGACUGUAGAGAUUAUAAAAAAAGAAUAUCAGCCUUUGAACUUCAGAGAUGUUUGUUUUUUUUAGGUUUGUUGGUUUUCUGUCUGCUGGCUGUUUCUCUGUUGAAAAGAUUUUUUCUUUAAUAAAGUGCUUU